GGACCGGAGGAGCCUCUCCUGCUGCUGCCUGUCCGCCUUCAGUCUCACUCUCUGCUACUGCUUUGUUGUCCAGCCGGAGGAGGUCACUCGGUCCGAGCAGCAGUCCACUCACAGCGCACUCAGGAGCCGCAGAGCAGCCGCCAACUCUCCGCAGAAAACAAUUCUCUCCGCAGUUUGACAAAACAACCAAAUCCAGAAUCAUGGGGAAAGGCUGCCUGACAGUGACCAAGUACUUCCUGUUCCUCUUCAACCUCAUCUUUUUUCUGUGUGGGGUCGUCAUCAUGGGCUUCGGGCUGUGGCUCCUGCUGGACAAUCAGAGCUUCAUCGUCGUCCUGAGUAACUCCACAUCUGUGAAGGCGGCCUGCUACAUCCUGAUUGGCGUUGGGGCCUUCUCCAUGCUCAUGGGCUUCCUCGGCUGCCUGGGGGCCAUUUACGAGAUCCGCUGUCUGCUCGGCCUGUACUUCACCUGCCUCCUGCUGAUCCUCAUCGCUCAGGUAGCAGCCGGCGCCCUCAUCUACUUCCAGAAGGAGACGUUAAAUGAAGAGAUGUCAAAGGUCGUGGCCGAGGUGCUGAAGAACUACCCUGGCAACAACUCGACCACGGAGCAGGCCUGGGACUUCAUCCAGAGGAAUAUGGAGUGCUGUGGCUGGAGCAGCCGUCUGGACUGGAGCGGGAACAUGGUGAUCGUCAACAGCUCCCAACUGCUGUUUCCCUGCUCCUGCCAGAACAUCUCGGCCUCCACCGGGAACUUCUCCGACAGCAGCUUCUGUGAGGCUCAGACGCCCGACUGGCCCGUAUACGACACGGGUUGUGCUGCCAGCGUGGAGAGCUGGCUGCUCACCAACCUCGGGGUCGUUCUGGGUAUCUGCCUUGGAGUGGCUCUGAUUGAGCUGGUGGGGAUGAUCUUGUCCAUCGGCCUGUGCAGGAACAUCCACACAGAAGACUACACCAAAGUGCCAAAGUACUGAAGCAGCUGACUGGAGGACAGAAAGAGGGAACCUUAAAAUAAUGCAUUUUGUUCACCAUCUUGUAUUUGGUGAAACAUUUGUCCAAAUGUAAAAUAAUUUGUUUGUUUUAUACCUUGUUAGAUUAUUCUUCUCGUGAGCAACUUCCACCUUAUUUUAUUUCUGUGACUUCGUUUUUUUUGUGUGCACUUUAGAGAGAGAUGCUGAAAAUUAUUACAUUUAUACAAGACUACAUUUUAUUAGGAACCUGUUGGUUCCGAUUAAAGCGUCUCUGUAAAUUAUCGCUUCUUGAUUUUAGUUUUCCCCAAAAAUCUGAAGAGAAAUCACGUUUUAUCGUCUGUAGCGUAAGAAGCUAAGCUAACGUUAGCAACUGAUUUGAACAACUGGAAAAAUCCUCUGUGUGAGGCAUGUUUUUUUAGUUUUUUAUACACCAGCGUUCUGAGUUAUUGUGAAAUGUUUUUAGUCAUUUGUACAUAAUUUUAGUCAUUCUUUGUGUGAAUUUGACUCAAAAGUCUUCUUUUCUAUUUCUUUUCUUAAAUUUUGUCCUGGAAAUAAUAGAAAUAAUGUGGUACUAAAGAGGAAUUUAUGAUACUUGUUUUGUGAAAGUAUCGCUCAGAGUUUACAAUUGUCUUCGACAAGCAAAAACAAGAUUUUCCUUUUUUAAGAUAGCUUUAAGUUUAUAUUUGACCUAAAAUAGAUCCAGUUUAAGGAGUGAAAUGUUUCUUUGUAACUAUUUUUGAAAUAUAGGAACUUAAAUGUGGAAAGAGGAUACAAUUAUUUAGGCAGAAGAAAUAUUUUUUGCGAAGAUCCUUCUUGGAAAUUUGUUUAUACAGAAAGAUCUUUUGAAAUUCCUUUAUGUAAACUUUUUCAUUCUCAUCCAAGAUGUUGUGGUGUUUUGUAAUGUACAAAUCCAGUUCCUGGUUUCUUUUUAUGUACAGUCAGUAUGAAAAACAACCCAUUAACCUUUAUAAUAGUUUCUUAGACGGAAAGGGUACGUAUGUUUGUAACUAGAUGGACUUUUGGUAGCUUGAUAAGCAAGUGUGUACUCACAACAUUCAUCCUUUCAUUUGACCAAUAAACUGAUUACAGUG